CUUUUCUCCAGCAAAUCAAAUUUUCAGUGAGGCAAAAUAUCAGGCACAGUAACAAUUUCUCUUUGUAAAACAGUACGAAUGGCUCUAUUAUUACUAAUUUCUAAAAAUCAAAGUUCCCCAACAUAAGCUAGAGUAGCAUUUCAAGACAUGAUAAGCAUGAUAAAUAUCUGACAAGGUACAUUAUCACCAGCAGAUGGUAGUAGAGCAGAUCUUUGAGACCAAACAUACUCUUAAAACCCCCUCUUUCUCUAUUUACUUUUUAGCAACAGUAAGUUUAAUCCAAAAAUGCAAAAUCGUUUUGUUGUUAAAAGGCCAGAGUCGUUGCAGUUUCUCUCGUGACAGUUCAGUUUAUCGAAGCAAGAUGAUUUCUGCCCAAAGAGGACAUCCUGCUUCGUCGUUAAUUCCGAGUUUUUGCUUGAAAAAUAUUGUAUAGAGUCGACUUUUCUAUAUGUGGUUUGCCGAGGUUCAUGUAUCAGUGCGCUGCGUCUGAACUUUGGUAACGUUAGCCGGCUAAUUCGAUAGUUUCUUACUGCACGCAUAAAACACCUCGGACUAACUAAAGAAGAGUUUGUUUUUAUCAUUGGUUUAUUUAAUGAAAGUGCCAUGCCGUUUGUCGAGUUCGUCGCAGGAUGGAUUUCAGACUGCAAACUGUUCAAUGAUUAACAAAUGGUUAAUCAUGUGUGGUGUCAGGUGCUGUUGGUUUAGUUGUUGGACACCCUUUGGACACAGUAAAGGUGCGCUUGCAGACCCAGGCUGUAUAUAGAGGAAUAUUUGAUUGUGUGGUCAAAACAUAUACACAUGAAGGAUUCCGUGGAUUUUUUAAAGGCAUGUCAUUUCCGGUCGUCUCCGUUGCUGUCAGCAAUGCUGUGGCCUUUGGUUCAUACAGUAAUGCGCUGGAUUACCUUACUCGGUCAGGUCACAGCUCCUCUGACCAAAGCAAGCAGUCGUCGCUCACUGCCGUGUUCACGGCCGGCUGUUUUUCAGGGUUAGCGCAGUUGUUUGUUACAGCUCCGAUAGACCUGGUUAAAGUGCGUCUGCAGAACCAGACGAAGUCAGGUGGGAAUAAAUACAGAGGUCCCAUACAUUGCAUCGCUGUGAUCUUAAGAGAGGACGGGGUGAAAGGCCUUUUCAGAGGGAUCUGGGCUCUUGCUCUGCGCGACGUGCCAUGUUUUGGAGUUUACUUCCUGCCGUACGAGCUGAUCUGCAGGAUGCUGACUGAGAAAGGGAAGCAACCAGGUAACACUGCUGUGCUGGUGGCUGGUGGCGUUGCUGGUGUGGUCACAUGGGCCUGUGCCACCCCCAUGGAUGUGGUGAAGGCUCGACUGCAGAUGUGUGGCGGCGGCGGUCGCAUGUACAGCGGUGUGCUGAACUGCAUUACUGUAAGCGUGCGUGAGGAGGGCAUGCGGGUUUUCUUCAAAGGCCUUCUUCUGAACAGCGUGAGAGCGUUCCCUGUGAACGCUGUAACCUUCCUCAGCUACGAGAUGCUGCUGAGAGCCAUGACCGACUCCUCCCAGAACUGAGGGGUUGGCCGCAGGAUGAUGAUGAUUUUUGCAAGCCAAAAUGAGUUCACAAAUUAGCAUUUUCAAUCAGUUCCAUCAUUCUUUCCUCUUUUUUUUGUUAAAUGGCUGAAAUAAGGUCUGUGGUGAACACAAGCUAUCUUCACAGUUUAUUCUAGGCCGUAAAAUACAUCAGUAGUCGUUUCCAUCCACAGAAUGUGAACACUUGUGCUCAAAACUGGAAUAUUGUAUAAAAUAAGAGAACCACCGAAUAUAAUAAUUUUCAUUUAUGAUGAAUUACUUGCGCCUCAAAGCGAGCACACGAAAUGCCAUAAAUGCGGUCAUUGCUUUCAGACGUGGAUGUCUAAUGUUUGGGAACAAGGUUGUGUAAAAAAAAAAAAAAAAAAAAAAAAAUUGAUGAUUGAUUUACUCAGACUUUAGUGACAAAAUCAACAUUUCAAUCUGAAGGUCAGUGAUGGUAACACGUUUGUAGUUCAUUUAUAGCCUGCGUUUGUAUAUAUAGCUUCAAGGCUUUCAAAUUUAUAGACUGAAGAAGCCUUCGUUGGCUACAGAUCUUACAAUAUUUUUUGCAGUAAUCCAAAAGCCAAUGGGAAAAUCCUACAGAUUCAGAAUGAUGCGAACUGAUGAGUCGGCCUGCAAAAACUCCGUUAGUACCUAUAAAUAAGCUCUGUGCCGAUUUUGAUACGUCCAGUGACUGGAAUAGGAGUCUUUUCUUCAUGUUUUGCACACCGAUUCUCUUGGUGACUGUUUCCGUAGGCUGCAUUAUUCAUUACGCUAAAAGCUAGCGACCAGACGGUGUCGUAUUUUUAUUAGUUGUAGCAACAUAGCCCUUUUACUGACGCUCAGCAAAAUCCUGCCAUUUCAUGAGCGAUCCACACCAUCGUAAGUUUAAACGUGGGAGGAAAAGAGGAUCAUAUUAUGGCUUUCAAACGAUAUUAACAUGCUGGGAUAUUUGAAAACGGAUGCUUUUGAACGUUAGCGUCACUCACAUCCAGCUUCAUAUCUGUGGGUUUUAAUAGACGGAAGGUUUGUUCGGUAACAAAAAAAAAAAAAAAAAAAAAAGUAACGACACGGUUGUAUCGACAAAUGCAUUUCUAUAGGAGUUUUGUUAACACUAUCUGGAAAGUUUAGGGUUGGAUGUGGAGUAGGGCAUAUUUCCAACAUUAUGGAGCAUUAUAAUGUGCCGCGGUAUUGAACCUGUGUUUUAGCGUCACUCAGUGGACAUUUCUCUUUGAAACUGCACGUAAAAACAGUGUUGCACAAAAAGUGCGCAGAGGUACAUAUUUUUAUGAGAGCAGGUUGUUUAAUGUUCUUUAUAAGCCUUUUAUGUUUUUAUGCUCACCCAUGCUGCAUCUAUUUGAUCAGAAAUACAGUAAAAACUGUAACACUGUUAAAGUUUUACAGUUUAUAACCGUUUCUGUAAAUGCUGUGUUCUGAAAAGGUGAUUUUUCACUGUCAUGUGUCGUUCUAAUAUACUGAUUUGCUGCUCAAGAAACAUUUCUGAUUGUUAACAAGUUGCGCUACGCUGUAUAUGCCGCCAUUCAUAUAUUUGAGGUCAGAAAUGAAUACUAUUUAGCAAGUUUAUAAUGUUACAAAUGCAUUUUAGAAUAGUUUCUCAAGGAUCACGUGACAUUGAACAUUAGUCCUAAAUCCUGUUUAUAUUUUUGUUGAGAAGUUAAUGUGUUUUAACAAAAAUACAAACUGCACACUUAUAAAUUUAUACCCCAGGAAUACUUUUGACUUGCGUUGUAAAGAAUAUUUUCAUGUCUGUUCAACUUUUUUUAUUAUUCCAAAUAGAUCAGAACCUAGAACAUUACGUAACAUACAUAAAGCGUUAUGAAUCACCUGCCUGGUUAUUGUUACUAAGUUACUACAGGAGCCGGUUUCAACCACAGGAAGAUACCGCUGUCAUUAGUUUGACGAUUAUACUAUAUUGAUUCUAUGUUAAACACACUAUUGCAUCUAAAUGUGCAGGUAACUAAGUAAAGCAUUUAUAGAUUCAGG